GGCUGCGCGGAUGUCAUGGUGGGCCAUACGCGGCAGGGGCUCUUCCUCCGUCUCUUCUACCCCUGCCUGCCCCGGGCAGGGGCUGAGCGGCCGCUCUGGAUCCCGCGCUAUGAAUACUGCGGUGGGCUGGCCGACUUCGCCCACUGCAGCCGGCGCUGGUGCGCGCCCCUGCUCAGCGUCGCCAUUGGCUCCUGCAGAGUGCCGGUGAGCUGGAACGGGCCUUUCAAACCCUGCAGCGGCGGGGACCCCCUGAUAACCUUCUUCCAUCGGCUGGAGCCAGAAUGGGGAGCCGGCUGUCCUGGGCCCCCUGUGGUCCCGCUCGGACUUGCCUUGCGUUGGCGGGGCAGCCCUGACCCUGCUCCCCCCCGGCUCCCUGACAGGACCCUGUACUCCUCGGUCUGCUCGGAGCUGGCAUCCUGGGGCUUCGCGGUGGCGGCGCUGGAGCACAGGGACCAUUCUGCCUCCGUGACGUAUUUCUGCACGGUGGAGGCUGGGAGAGAGGAGUGGAUCCCCUACCGACGAGUGCCCCAAGGGCAGAAGGAGUUUUAUUUCCGAAACAAGCAGGUUCAUCAGAGAGCGGAGGAAUGCGUGCGAGCGCUCCGGCUCUUCGAGGACAUCAGCAGUGGUAAAUCUGUCCCAAAUGUUCUUCACCAGGACUUUGAUCUCUCCGUGCUGAAGGACAGCAUUGAUCUGACCAAAGUCGCCGUCAUGGGCCAUUCCUUCGGCGGGGUGACAGCAGUGCUGGCCUUGGUGAAAGAGCCUGGCUUCAGGUGCGCGGUGGCUCUCGAUGCCUGGAUGUUCCCCCUGGAGAACGCGCUGUACCCGGAGGUGCCCAAGCCCGUGCUCUUCAUCAACACCGAGAAGUUCCAGACACCAGAAUGCCGGGGAUCCGUGCAUCAGAGCCAGACCGACUUCACCUUUCUCACCGGGAAGCUCAUCAGCCGCAUCUUCGGCGCAAGGGGGACCCUCGACCCCUACAAGUGUCUGGACAUCACCAGCUGGGCGACUCUGGCCUUCCUGCAAAGGCAUCUCGACCUGGAAGAGGAGUUCGAUCAAUGGGACAAGCUUCUUGAAGGCAUCGGAGACUCGGUUGUUCCAGAAGCACCAUUCUGCCGCUCCAACCUGUAG